AUGCGGCAGAGGGUGGAUCUGGGCGGCAAAGAGCGGCAGAGGGUGGUACUGGCCAACAAAAGGCGGUUUAGGAUGGAUCUAGUCGGCGAAGGGCGGCAGAGGAUGGAUCCGGACGGCAGAAGGGGGUUCCGGCGAUUUGGAUGCCAGAAAAGGUGGAGUGGCAGUAACCGCUUCGUCGGAGGGCGAUUUGGAGGCAGUGGUGGUUUUGGCGGUGGUGUAGGGGGUGGAUUUGGAGGAGGUUUCAGUGGCGGAGGUGGAACUAGACUUGGUGAUAGAGAAAAAAAGACAACUCCCCUAACCACCAUUAAAAGAGGUUUGGGGAGGAGGAAAAUUCUGGUAGGAAAUUGUUUAGUGAGAGGGAAGAGGAAAAUACUUUAG